AUCGGAUUGCGAAAAAGAACACACCAUUGGAAUCAAAAAUUUAAGUCCAUCUGACAUUGCACACUGGGAUUACAAGAUGAGCCCCGAAGUAGAUGCUGUGAUCAAGCAAUGGCCAUGGAUCAGUCUCACCGUCGGCCUGGCUCUUGCUGCACCGCUACUUUUCGGCGAAUGGAAGACUGCACGAGGACCUAGUGAUCUCCGCUCUUUCGACUCGUGGUCAUUGAGGGUACAUGAUCCUCGCUGGUGGUGCUACGUUUGUGGACCGAUGUACAUGAUUCACCAAUUCGAAGAAUGGGGAUACGACAUCAAGGGCGUUCCUUACUCCUUCCACCGAUCACUGUGUGAGAACCUGGGCUACCCAGACCUCAACAACUGUCCAGCUACUCCCCUGCCGGUCUGGGGCGUCAACGGCAUCAUGAUGUGGAUCGGUGCCUGGUCUCUACGAUAUGCCAGCCCUUCUGUCGGAGGCACCAACUACUACGGAAUGGUUACGUUCAACAGUCUCACGCACGUUAUGCGAGCCAUUCUGGACGGUGAAUACAACGCAGGCCUUCUCAGCACUCUAGUCAAUUUCAUGCCUGCCUCUUAUUUUUUCUACUCUGCAAUGUUGGCAGACAAGAAGCUCACAGCAGCUGGAAUCGCUCGAUCAUUUGUUCUUGGAGUCGUCGGUCACCUGCUCUGGGUUCUUCCCUACAUUUGGAUCGACAAGGGUUACAUCAGCGAGAUCACAGCUUGCGUUAUCCAGUUACUCGACACCUUGAUGUUGCACGUCGUCAACGUACCUAAUUGAAGCCUGCGAUCUCAAGUGGCAUAUAGCUCCCAAUUUUGCCCUAACAUGUGGAUUUGGAUUACGAUUAUAAUAUACUCAUGCACCGUCCCAGUUACUCAUGAAUCUAGAUGUGAUAGAGUAAGUUGGCUAGGUGGUCAGUAUCGUGAGGAUGAGGUACUAUAGAGGUAAUCAGAGUGCGAUAGGAG